GUUACCAUAAAUAUUUUUUAAAAUUAGUUUUAAUAUUUUUCAUUUUUACUAUUUUAGGAAUUAGGGGUUUUCCCUUCUUUUCUUACAUCUUAGGAUUAUUAAUAUAUUAUUCAACUUGUAUAAGUCAAUUUGGAGUAUUGAAUUUUUGUAGGUAGUUCAUUUUACAAAUAAAAUUCUGUAAAUUUUUUAAUUAUUUACUUCAAUAAAUUAAUACUACCAAGAUUUUAGAUCCUGAAUCCACUAUUUGACUCCGAUCCAAAACAAAUGUGGAAAGAGAUAGCCAAGUUAACCUUUAGCUCUAAAGAAGUCACCAAUAUUUUAGGUAGGUGAAAAUGAUUUGGAACUACAAAAAUUUAAUUAAACAACCAUAGAUUUUGUGCUCUACUUCAUUUGUUUGAUAGCAAUGACUCAAUGACUACCAAUGAGGGCGAUUCUUGUAGUAUUUGAGGGUGUUUAGUAUUAUUUGUGGAUGCAAAAACAACAAUAUAUGUUGAACUCACUUGCUAUAUUUUUUUUGAUUGUUGUUUAUUUAUAUAUAGGAGAAAGUGAGCCAAACGAGUUCAAAAAAGUUGUUUGAGAUAACCUUAUAAGCAUGGCUACCAGACUAAAGCGAGAUCCCAUUGUAAUCCUACGCGUUGAUAGCGAAGAACUUGAAGAGUAUAUAAAUAGCCCUAGUUUUGAGACGGAUAUGGUGGUGUCUUUCUCGGAGCUUGCAUUGUCGUAUGGCACUAAUCGCAAUCUAGAUCUCUUUGUCAAGGCACUACAAAAGCUUGGUGUUGAUCAAGGCUUGCCUCCAACUUCAGACCCUUGGGUUAUGAACAAUAUUGUGGAGCCAGCUUUGAACUCUUGUAGUUGGGACUCUAAUAAUGGACAUUCGGUUUCUCAAGAGACGUUCUUGGAGGAACUUAGAAAGUACUUGAAAAUAUAGUUUAGCUUCUUAGAGAACAGCCUGUGAUCGUUGCACACACUGAAAAUUCUUAUGAUGGUAAUGCUAUAAAAGGUCUUUUGGCUAAUAAGCUUGAAAUGGACAAGGUAUAUAUUCAUCAUCUUAUAAGUAUCACUUUAGUUAAACUUUUUAUUUAUGUGAAGUUUGCACAUGAUGUUUGCUACCAACAGUCAAUUGGAAAUAAUUUUUUUGUUAGUCUUAUUACUAACAAGCGUAUACGGUACACUCAACCCUAGCUCAGUUGGAAGCUACUUAAUGAAAUGUUGUACUCGGUACUCCCUCUAUUUCAAUGACUUUGUCCGAUUUCAUUUGGGCACGUUUGCCAAUACAUAUAUUGAAGUCUUAAUAUCUCUGACGGUGCAUUACUAAAAAUUAUGAAAAAUUGAUAUUAAUAAUCCUUGCUUUGAGACGAAUCAAACAAGAUCCCACUUGACUAUGUUUUAACUUACAGAUUAAUUUCAAAAUACCAAUAAAAAAUGAACUGUCAAAAAAUCAAAUGAAACAAAAUCACUGAAACGGAGGUGGUAUUAAAAAAGUAGUUCUUACAAUCAAUUAAGGGAUCAAUUUUGUGCUUAAUGUUAUUAAAGAAUUUGUUUUGAAAAUAUUUUUCGGUACUAAAUGCAACAUUGAAAACUCUACCAUGAGAUGAGCAUGGAAGAUUGUCUAAGGAGCGUCUUCGAUUACCAUUAGAGUCGUUGGCUUCAUCUGCUGGUUUGUCUCCAUAUGAAGCUGUGGCUGAGAUGGACAAUAUUGUCAAUAAAGUGUUCAAUAUGGUGGAUGCAAAUGAUGGAAAACAAAUAAGAGAAGAUGAGUUCAAGAAGUUGUUGUUGGAGAUUUUAGGGGGUAUAUUACAAUUAGAAGGUAACCCUAUUUCGAUUUCUAUUGACUCGGUCGUGCACGAGCUAUUGAUGGAUCUUUCAUUUUUACAAACUUCAACCUUCUAAUUCUCAAGUUCUUGUCAUCGACAGACUUAUAAAUUAAGUAUGAUUUAUUUAGUCUAUGUAAAUUGUAAAGGUGUUGAUAUGUGUAAUAUGUCUAUAUUCUCUUAACAUUUGAGAAGCAUAUUUUACCAACUUAUAUUGUUAUUUGUUCUUUAGAAAACAAAUAACUCUAUU